AAAAUAAAGUACUCCAUUAUUUUAUAUAACCAUGUCUCUCUCUAUAUAAAUGAGAUAUGACGCGCAAACACCGACUCAAAACGUUUUGUUCUGGUUUUUUAGGCUUUUAGUUGUUUCUCUGCAGUUGCUCUUUUGUCUCCAAAACACAGAAAAAAUACUAAAAGUUGAUAAAGAACAGAGAGAAAAUGGUGGAUCUUAAGAAAGUUUGCUCCAUGUGCGGCGACGUCGGCUUCCCGGAAAAGCUCUUCCGCUGCUGCAAGUGCCACCACCGCUACCAGCACUCGUAUUGUAGCAACUUCUACAGUGAAUUAUCAGAGCCAGUUCAGGUAUGUGACUGGUGUCAAAGUGAGGGAAGAAGCAGCUCGAGGCGUGGAAAUUCGUCUAAGAAAUCAGCGGCGGGUAGUAAUUCAGGAGUAGGCAUAAGCAGCAGAUCAGAAUAUCCAGGUGAUAAAAUUAAACAACAGCAUGAUCAUAGGGAAGAAGGAACUCAUGAUCAAAAGCCAAAGAAUAAUCACGGCGGAGCACCGUCUCCUCGUACGUCCACUCGCAGGUACAAGCUUCUUAAGGAUGUCAUGUGUUGAAGAAAUUCACUAAAGGAAAGAGAGAAGCUUAAUUCUCAGGUGGUUAAUCAUGUUAAUAUUAUGGAUAAUUGUAUGUUUUUUUUUUAUUUUAGUUUACUCUUUUGACCGGUAAGAGUUUUCUGCCCUAUAUGUCCUAGCUGAAUAAGUUUGUUAAAACACAAUGGAGCUCUAUAUACAAAUUAGUAGUAGAUGAUAAUCAUGCGAUAAUAUGGGUUUUUCCAUAUGCCUUCUCUUAUAAGUAUAUUAUAUCUUUCUUGUCUUUU